AGUCCACCGAAGGCUAUGUGUGGAUAUUGUUUAUAGUUUCAUGUGCGGUUUUGCAAUUUCAUUAGAAACAAAAGUGAAAUUCGUUCUAUUAAGAAGGAUUCAACAAUAUUAUUAAUCUUAAAUUAAAUAAUCUAAUCAAUAAGAAAGACUUUGGUUUCUUAAUUUUUUUGAGAAAAUCUACGAUGGCUAAGGUACAGCUAGCAAAUGUAGCGGUUCUUGACAACCCUUCGCCGUUUCUAAAUCCUUUUCAAUUCGAAGUAACCUUUGAAUGCAUUGAAGAUUUAAAAGAAGAUCUAGAAUGGAAAAUGAUCUACGUUGGCAGUGCAGAAUCAGAAGAAUUCGAUCAAGUCUUAGACACCAUAUAUGUUGGACCAAUUCCAGAAGGACGGCAUAUGUUUGUCUUUCAGGCGGAUCCUCCUGAUGUAAGUAGAAUUCCUGUGAAUGACGCAUUAGGUGUCACAGUAGUGCUCUUAACAUGCUCCUAUAGGGGCCAUGAGUUUGUGCGUGUUGGCUAUUUUAUAAACAACGAGUAUACAGAUCCUGAACUCAGAGAAAAUCCUCCACCUCAACCUCAGUUUGACAAAGUGCAAAGAAAUAUCUUAGGUGAUAAACCACGUGUUACAAGAUUUAAAAUUAAUUGGGAUGACGGUGCAAGUUCUACAGAAAAUAGUGUACCGGAAGGUAUAGAGGCGCCAAACUUAGAAGAAACAUCGCAAGAUGCCCCAACAUCUACAUUAGGUUUUACAGAGAAUGCACAAAAUAGCAUGGAAGUGAUGUAAACAUAUUUCUGUCUACUAAAUAAGAUAACUGAAUUAUUGCUCAGACUUACUUAAAUAUCUGAGUACUACCUGAAAAAGAAAAAAACAAAGCUCUUCACAUAUUUAAAUAAUUUAAGAAGCAAGCAAAAUACUUUUUUGAAACAUCAGUUAAUAUCAAGAGCGUACUUAUCGGAUGUGAGAUGAUAUUAUGUAAAAUGCAAUAAUAUCUUAAAUCAUUGACAUCAUGCUUAUAUUGUUAAAUUAUAAACAUUUCUUUGGUUGAAACUUUUGCUCUCAUAGAUCAAUGUAAUCUUUCAUGCAAAAUUAGAUAUUGAUGAUUUAUGUGUAAUUUGUUUUUGAUUUAUAAUAUUUUGUAAAAGUUGAAAAGUAGAUUAUAUAACCUCAUUUAAUUUUAAUGAUAUGAUAAAAAGUUCGAGAAACGAAAAAAACAAUCUUGUAUAUUGUAUAAGAUAGAAGUUAUUUUCAAAAAAAAAAAAAAGAAAAAAGAAAAAAGAAAAAAAAUAUUUUGUUAGGAUUUAUGAUGUAACAUCGGAUAUAUAAGAAUUAAAAUAACAUUCGUUUUAAAAAAUUAAUUACCUUCAAUAAUAUUUUUCGAUCCAUCAGUUUAUUUUUCAAGAAUGUACUUUUGUAGUACAUUAUAAAUAUUGAUCAUAAGUAUAAGUCUAUCACAGUGCUUAAGCAUUUUAUUUAAUUAUAAGAAAUAAAACGGGAUUUCCAACAAAACAUUGAUAUAUAUAUUAAAUCAAUUUGCAAACAAAAUGUAAACUGAUAGCAUUUAAAAAAUUUUAUGAAAUUUGUAUAAAGUCACAUAACUUUUAGAGAUAGCCAGAAUGUAUUGUUGGAAAUACCGAUUACUUCUUUUACACCAUAUUAACUGUAAAAUCCGAUGCUACGCUAGCUUGAUGGGAUAUUAAAACUUCUAUUUUACUAGUGUAUAUACUAUGAAAAGUUGAUGAAAAAUACAUAAAAAGUUUUCUACUUGAA